AUGCUGAUUCACAUCAUCUCCGUGACCUCGGCUGUCUCUACAUUUUCUGUCCUCCUCGUUGUUGGUCUCGUUAUCCGGAUUCUUCGUCACCGAAUUUUCCACCCGCUUCGUUCAGUGCCUGGCCCUUUGGUCAACAGUUUGUCAGAACUGCCGGCCGCACUGGCUCUUGUCAAGGGAGAACAGCACCACUACUAUAGGUCUCUGCAUGACAAAUAUGGCCCGGUGGUGCGAGUGUCGCCCAAUGAGCUGAGUUUCAUAGGCACAGAUGCUCGAGAAGAGAUCUAUGGGUUUCGCAAAGGCGGCCUUCUGAUGGAGAAGAGUCCCAUAUUUCUCGGAGCCGUUGGCAGCGUCAAUGGAGAAACUGGUGUAAGCCUGGCGCUGAACAAGGACCAUGUCCGCCAGCGCAAGGCUUUGGGAUACCUCUUCACAAACAGCGCAUUGGCCAAACUAGAGGACAUACUUCAACUUCACGUCGACAAAUUCAUAGCCGUGCUGGAGAAACGGGCAUCUGAAAACCAAGCAUUGAACGUCUCCGACUGGUACACAUACCUUGCGUUUGACAUGAUGGGCGACUUGUGCUUCGCAGAACCUUUUGGGUGCUUGGACCAAGCUUCCGCUACCGAGUGGUCAACCUCUGUCAUCAACGUUUUUGUUGCGGCUACGUGGGCACAAGCCAUACGCCGCAUAUCCGGGGUUGGCACGUACCUUGAGCAUCUCAUGACUUGGCUUCUCGUCCCUACGACGGCUGCAUCAUGGAGAUGGAUUCAUUUGCGUAAUUCACGCGACAAGACACUCAGUCGCCUCCAAGACCCCAACAGAGAGCAUGCAGACUUCAUGUACCACAUUCUGAAGAGCGAGUCCAGGAAUCUGUUGUCCAAAACUGAAAUCCAAUUGAAUAUGGCCUUGUUUAUUAGUGCUGGAACUGACACGACGGCUACAGCUCUGGCCGGGUGGACAUACUUCAUCUGUACUCAUCCCGAGGUAUACAAGCGGCUUACAACGGAGAUUAGAGACGCUUUUACAGACAAGGCCGAUAUCAAAUGUGCCAAGCUUGGAGAGUUGACGUACCUCGAGGCGACGUUGAACGAAGCUCUGCGUCUCUUCCCGCCAUCGCCUGCAAGCCAACAGCGUGUAGUCCCUCCAGGAGGCGCCAUUAUAUCCGGGUAUUUUGUUCCUGGAGGAACCACGGUGGCAGUGCCUCCAUGGGUAUCAACACACUCAACCAUCAACUUCAGGGAACCCGAUGCUUUCAGGCCCACGCGAUGGCUACGUGAGGACGCCGAGUUCCUGCAUGACCACCUGAAUGCUUCCCUGCCAUUCGGAACAGGACCUAGGGUCUGCAUUGGAAAGAACCUGGCAACUCUCGAAAUGAGGCUCAUUGCCUCCAAAAUACUGUGCAACUUUGAUGUUGAGCUGGACAGGAGUCAUCAUGAGGCUGCAAAUCGGCAGUGGGGUCUAGGCGGCCGAAUGAUGCCCAUGAAGGUGUUUCAUUCCAUGACAAAGCCACCUCUAUGGAUCAGACUUAGGCGAGUAAACCGAUAA